AUGGAGGACGACGUCUUAUUUGAUCUAGUGAGCAACGCUAUGAUAUGGCAACUGUCAGCACCCGAUUCAAGUCGAGGGCCCGGCACCGCUCACUUGCACAUCGUUCUUGCGGCAGCAGGACCAGUACUCAUACACACUGCUGUCAGAAUGUUGGCAGUCGCUGACUCGCACAGGUUUCCGACUUUCCUGGAGAUAGCUUUUCUGCUAGCAAAUGAUAAUGCUGAUAAUUGUAUCGAGAUGAUGAAAGAAAAUAUAAUAGAGAAUAUAUUUUAUCGUUUCAACCCGUACUUUCCCAUAACUGAAUUACCUACGUUUAACGAAAAUCCUGCUGAUCCUCGAGAUUGGAAUCUUAAGCUAGGUGAAAGCUGCAUAAAUAUAUCUACAACACUGUCACUGCUUCUCGUUCUCCUUACAACCACUAAAGCAUAUUUAGAACGAAAUCCAACACACCGGUCGAUCUUACCCUGUCCGGAUGCUUAUAGUCAAAGGUGCUUCAUUUGGGCGUAUCGCUAUGAAUGUCGUGUCAGGGGGCACCAAAACGAGAGAAUUACACUAACCGUUGUCAUCGGCGUCUUGUUAUAUUGUUUUGGUGACCGGCUAACUCUAUUUUCUUCUUUACUCAUGCCUGAUUUGAUGUCAUUAUCAGUCUUAACUGAACUGCCUACAAGGAGUGACUGGAUCGGAACUGUGAACAUGAAUACUGGUCAAGUAGAUGUUCAAUUCAAGAGUAUUCUCAUCGCUUUAUGUGUUGAUUUAAUCAAAGCGUUUCCCGCUAACAAAUUCAUGACACGAUCAUCAGUGCAGUGUAUCAUAUUGGCAAUGGUUUGUGAUAUAGCGCGUGCUGGCGAUGCUGUUGGGCAAAUAGUGACCUGGCGUGCCAAAUUCAGCGCCUCUCAUGCCGUAUUCGCCCUUUUGCACUUGUUGUCAGAUGACUUGGCGUACACUGUGACAUUGGCGGACGAGGCUUUCAAUAUGUACAAGAAUAUCAAAAUUUCGCCAGAAGAUGAGGCUGUGUUAGUACUCUGUUCUCAUUACAUGACACUAAAGCUGAAUGAGGUGUGGGUCGAAACAAAGAUUCGAUCGCCCACCUUGCUCCCGCAAGACCAGGAUAACGUUGAAGAGUUUCUCAACAUCGGCGUGGGCUGGGCCAAGGAAAUAAAAAGACAACAAGAGGACGUCAUUCAAAAAGAUAUUAAUAAGGUGUACCUACAUUUAUGCAUGUGA